GCAUGGCCACCUGGGCUUCCUCCCUCAUAAGAGAAGCCGGCGUCACCGCGGGAAGGUGAAGACCUGGCCCAAGGAUGAUCCCAGCAAGCCAGUCCACCUGACAGCCUUUCUGGGCUACAAAGCUGGCAUGACGCACAUCCUACGAGAAGUUCACAGGCCAGGACUGAAGCUUUCCAAGAGGGAAGAGGUGGAAGCAGUCACAAUAGUGGAGACCCCACCCCUGGUAGUGGUUGGGCUUGUGGGAUACAUAGACACUCCCAGGGGCCUGAGAAAUUUCAGGACCAUUUUUGCUGAGCACCUCAGCGAUGAGUGCAGACGCCGCUUCUACAAGAACUGGCACAAGAGCAAGAAGAAGGCCUUCACCAAGUACUGCAAAAAGUGGCAGGACAAGGAUGGGAAGAAACAGCUAGAGAAGGAUUUUGCAGCCAUGAAGAAGUACUGCAAGGUCAUUCGAGUCAUCGUCCACACUCAGAUGAAGCUGCUCCCUCUACGUCAGAAGAAGGCCCACGUGAUGGAGAUUCAGCUGAACGGCGGGACGGUGGCCGACAAGGUGGACUGGGCUCACGAGAAGCUGGAGAAGCAGGUCUCUGUGCACGCGGUCUUCAGCCAGAACGAAACGAUCGAUGUCAUCGGGGUGACCAAGGGGCGCGGGAUGAAAGGGGUGACCAGCCGCUGGCAUGCCAAGAAGCUCCCAAGGAAAACUCACAAAGGCUUACGCAAAGUCGCCUGCAUUGGAGCCUGGCAUCCAGCCCGGGUGGGCUACUCCAUUGCCCGGGCUGGCCAGAAGGGCUACCACCAUCGCACGGAGCUCAACAAGAAGAUUUACCGUAUUGGCCGUGGGGUCCACGUACAAGAUGGCAAAAUAGUGAAGAACAGCGCCGCGACGAACUACGACGUCACCGAGAAGAUGAUCACGCCGCUGGGUGGAUUUCCUCACUACGGUGCAGUCAACAAUGAUUUCAUCAUGCUGAAGGGCUGCGUCAUGGGCACUAAGAAACGUGUGCUCACUCUCAGAAAGUCCCUUCUGGGGCACAGCAGCCGUCGGGCUCUGGAACCCAUCGAACUGAAGUUCAUUGAUACCACUUCCAAGUUUGGCCACGGCUGCUUCCAGACUGCUCAAGAGAAGAGAGCUUUCAUGGGCCCCCAGAAGAAACACCUGGUGAAGGAGAAGCCAGAAUCCCAGGAAGAAUUGUAGAGGAUUGAAAUACACAUGGCCACCUUAACCUGGCACCUCCAAUAAAGGGACUUCAAACCAG